GCUGCGUAGAUGAGGUAAUAACAAAGAUGGCGGCGCUCGGUACAGCGCGCUGCUUGUUUCAGAGCUUUUCUCGGGUUAAAGAUGUGCAGAGGAUCAACCAAACGUUGCUGAAAUGUAGCGUAAGGACGUUCUGUGGCGAAUCAAAUGAAAAAGAUAAUGCAAAGCCCCAGUUCGCAGAUCCAGCUGUGCAGGACAUCCUCACCAGGAUAACAGGCCUGGACCUGCAGAAAGUCUUCCGACCCAUUAAACAAGAACUGAAGCCGCCUACCUAUAAACUUAUGACUGACGAACAGCUGGAGCAGGCUUUACAGUUUGCCACAGAGGAAGCAACGAAGCAACUGCAGAUGCCCCCCGUCCUUCCAGAGAGGAAGCCCAUCAGCGACGUGCUGGCUAUGGAUAAGAUCCUGGAUGGCAUGGACACAGCCAAAUAUGUUUUCACUGACAUCACCUACAACAUCCCACACAGGGAGAGAUUCAUAGUGGUACGAGAGCCUGAUGGCACUCUAAGGAAAGCGACCUGGGAGGAGAGAGAUCGUCUUAUUCAGGUCUACUUUCCCAGGCAGGGCCGGAAGCUAACGCCACAUCUUCUCUUCAAAGAAGAGAACCUUAAGACCGUGUAUUCUCAGGACCGUCAUGAGGAUGUGUUAGACCUGUGUCUGGUCCAGUUUGAACCCGAUUCUUCAGAGUACAUUACAGUGCAUGAAGCCACAUAUGAGGACCUGGAAAAAAACGGCAAAUAUGAUCUUCUGCGAUCCACCAGACACUUUGGAGGCAUGGUUUGGUACCUGGUCAACGCUCGUAGAGUGGACGGGCUCAUAGUGGACAUGCUGAGGAGAGAGCUCCUGCAAGAUGCUAUGAGCCUUGUGUCUCUGUUCCACAUGGUCCAUCCUCACAGUGAGUCAGCUCAGGAAGCUGCCAACCAACAGGCCUCUGGCGCUGACCUCCUGAAGAUCUUUGCUCAGAAGGAGUCCCAGAGGUCAGGCUACAUCGAGCUGGCUCUGCAGGCGUACGAAGACAAAGCCGCCGAAAGCUCGGCUGUCUAAAAUCCCAACGUGUAAAUAAGAACCUAAACUUUUACUUAGGAAGGACUUAUACCAAGAACCAGAGCGGAAGUUAUGUUUCGUUGGAAACAUCACUGGGUCCAAGAUGCGUCUACACUGAAACCACCAAGGAAAACACUCUCAAAAACUCCAUCUAAAGACUGGGCUUUAAAACCUUGUUUCAUCUGGAGAGACUAAGUUUGUGUGUGUAUUUCAUUUAAAUCACCGAAAUUAAACUUAUGUGUGUAGCAAAAUAAAACCAGUUUGUGAGCCUAAAUGUCAUGUUUUUAAGGUAAUCACAAGCCGGCCAGGAGAAUAAAGGCAAUUUCAUAAAGAAAAGUUCAUUUAAAAUCAUCUUUCCAGUUCUGAAACACUUCAACAUCCAUUUCUUUUUUCUUGAUUUAAGAGAAGCAAUAAAAUCAGUAACUGAAAGGCU